UAACAGCACUAACGUGUAGAUUGAGUGAAUUAUUAAAGCGGAACCAAUGUUCCGGGGCUGUUUCCGGCCGGACCGGUCUAGAUGACGGCGCGGAGCGACGGGCAGAUGGCGGCGGCGGUGCUCCAGAUGUCCUGCCUGUACCGCGGCCUGCUGGCGGUCAGAGCCCCGGCCCUCCGGCCGCUCAUCCCCGGCCUGGUGCCGGACACCUUCAGGGCCUUCUCGGUCCGGAGGAAGGAGCCGGAGCUGGAGGAGAACCCGUUCUACAACAAGUACCAGGAGAAGAUCCAGCAGCUGAGGAGCUCCAAACCUGAGGAGUUUAAAACCCGCGUGGAGAACCGUCAUGAAGCCAAGAAGGAGGUGGUGGGAACCUCCAAGCAGGCCGAGUUCAUCCGCCUGAUGGAGCAGGAGCUGGAGAAAAGAGACGAGAUGGCGUCAGCAGACGGAGCGUCAGGAGGAUUCACCAAGAACAAGACUCUGGGCUCCAUCCUGAACCUUCAGCUGGUGGAGGAGAAGACUGGAGAUCAGAUCUCAGAGCUGUGGAUGAAGUAUUUCUCCACCAAGGACACGAUCAGCGCUGUGAUCCCGACCCAGCUGUACCAGGUGAUUCUCAGCAGGUCCCAGGCGUGUCCCAUGUUCCUGUACGCCGUCCCUCAGAGGGAGGGAUACGAGUUCUUCCUGGGUCAGUGGUCCGGACACCAGCUGCACUUCACCUCCCUCAUCAACGUCCAGCAGACGCUGGGUGAGAACGCUCCCAGCCAGCUGAUCCUCUACCACUACCCCGAGCUGCAGGACAAGGGCCUGGUCCUGAUGACCGCCGAGAGGGACGCCAAGUUCAUCACCGUCCACCAGGCUCAGUGUCUGGCCAACCAGGUGCAGCUGUUCUACGGCAGCCAGCGGGCCGAGACGCUUCGUCUGGUGGAGACGUUCAACCGGCAGCCGGCGGACUUCAGACACAUGUCGGUCAUCGCAGAGCUGGAGCAGAGCGGCCUGGGGACGCAGCUGUCCUCCUCCGCCGGGACGUAGGGACAACAGGGACAACGGGGACCGGAGGUCUUUCUUUAAAGGACAGGAGGCUGGUCUUUAGUAAAGCCGGAGACUGAUGGUCUCAAAGGGACAGAGACUCUUCAGCUGCUGACUGAGGAGGAUAUUUAAUAACAGGAGAAUAAUGUGGAGCUGAUCAGUUCUAUGAUAAUAAUCCCACUGGAUCCUCCUGUAUCAAUAAAUCAUCUUCAAAACCACAAUCUGUCAGCUUCCAUCAUGAAGCAUUCACACUGUUCUUUGUGUGUUUCACUCUUUUACAGCUUAAUGUUUAACUUUUUUAGAUGAGAUUAGAUUUAUUGUCCCCAAGGGGAAAUUCAUUUUCACAUCACUGCAUUCAACAGAUAACACAGACGCUCAACAUUACAUUUAGUAACCCGAGGGUUGGUGGUUCCAUCCCCGACCAUGGCAGCUACAUGUCCAAGUGUCCUUGAGCAAGACACUGGACCCCAGACUGCUGCUGGUGCUGAUUCAUUGGUGUGUGAAUGAAUUCCUGCUGGUGGCAGGAGGCAGCGUUUAGGGCAGCCGCUGCCACCAGGAUGAAUGUGUGAAUGGGUGAAUGAGUCAGUGUGUAGAGUAAAGAUCUUUGGAUAAAAGAUAUAGAAGUGCACCACGUUUACCCCCAUUUACACAGCACACAGCAUAGAAACAUUACACUGCAAAUAAACAUAAACACGUAAAAACACAAACAUCCAUCGCUCUCUUGUGUUCAGAGCAGCGACGGCUGCAGGGACCUUAAUGUUCUGGUCCUGGUGGCUGUUUAAUGGGCCGGCUGGGGCUCAGUUGGUAGAGCGGUCGUCUUCUGAUCGGAGGGUUGGUGGUUCGAUCCCCGACCAUGGCAGCUACAUGUUGAAGUGUCCUUGAGCAAGAUGCUGAACCCCAGACUGCUGCUGGUGCUGAUUCAUCAGAGUGAAUGAGUUCCUGCUGGUGGCAGCGUUGAGGGCCGACCUGGGCAUUGGGGGCCCGCGGGCCACAUCCGGCCCGCUGGCUGUCCUGGUCCGGCCCGCGUGAGGUUACCCAGAAAUUAGAAAUCAAUAAAACCGCAGUGCUUUUAUUUUGAAGGCGGUUUACGUAUAUGCCUGAUGUUAGGUACCUUAAAACAUGUGUUGCUUUUUGCAUAAAGUUAAUAAAUGACUGGUUUACUGCAUAACAUACAUGUUCUAUAUUGUUUUAGUGGUUUGAAUGUAUGUUUAGUAGCUGAAUGAUGUCGACUCUUUAACUGGUAGUUCACUGGUAGAUUUAUUUAAAAUCGUAGCUCCAAGAAAAUAAAAAAAAAAGACAUUUGGUCACCUUGUGAAUCCACGUAAGAGCUACGAGGUGGAAACAAUAACAAACUUUAGCAUUAGCACUGGAGCAAACAAGCACUUUUACUAUUAGUAAAGACAACAAAUAUAGCCACUAAUAUUAAAUGAAAGAAGAAAAUAAACUCUAACAAACCUUGUGUCCUGUCAGUCAGCCACUAUAGAAGCCUUUUGAUACUUUAUAUCAACUUAAUAUGAAUUAUGAGUCGUUAUUAUUUACCGUUCGCUUUUCAUUUAACCGUUCCACCUGUUAUUUCCUGUCAUUACCUUUCAAAAUUAAAGCACCUGUUUCACACUGGACAGCACCUUUUCAAAAUAAAAGCAUCACAACAUUGUAAAACACCUAGAAAAUUUACAAACAAGCUAAAUAAUACAAAAACACCAAUAGGAACCUUGCUAAAGGUAAUUUACAGUUGAGUUUUAAAGUGAUAUAGUGAUUGGAGUAUUUAAUACUUUUAACUGCUAUAUUUGAUUUACUCCACAUUAACAGUCUGAUCAUUACAUGUAUUCUGUUCUGUAUAUCUUCUCAGUAGCAGCUCAAAUAAUUACUGUAUUUUAUAAAGCGAUUAAAUUAAUAUUGAGCAGAAUUUAGUUCAGAGUUUUGGUGCGGCCCCUGCAGCCUUCAUGGUGUUGGUCAUGUGGCCCCUGCUGGUGUUUCUUCCUCCUGGACUGCUGUUGGCUCCUGAUCGCUGGCUCUCACCGUCUUCCUCUAGACUGGUUGAUCUCUGGCUCGCUGUUAGUUGCGUCAUGUUAUCUCAGCUUGUGACUGCUCCAGUGAGGGUCUUUUAUAGGGAGCCAGUCAUCGUUUUGUUAGCAUAGGUAGUUAGCAUUAGCAUCUCCUGCUGUGUUAGAUGCUAGAAAGCAAGCAGCAAAGCAUCAAGCUUUUCAUAACUUCCAAACUCCUUCCACAGUCUCCAGAAGUGUCAGAAGCAUCAACAACAUGUCAGGAGUAAAAUCAUCUUUGGUAUUGUGAGACGACAUUUCUAAUGAAACAAAUGUCAGUUUACAACUAGAAAAUGUCCUCUGGGUAAAUAGUGAAAGGGCCACUACUGCCGGUGUGUGUACACUAUGAUGAGAUUCAUUCAGAGAUUUAUAACAAUUAAUACUAGUAAUGUUAUGAUACUAUAUAAUAUACAAGGAGCACACCUACAACAAGCAUUCCUUUUCAAGUAUUUAUUUAUACAGCAACCUAUGACCUUUAACCUCAAAAUGUGUGUGUGUGUGUGUGUGUGUGUGUGUGUGUGUGUGUGAAACAUUUGUAUCUGGAGGAGUGUGCGCGCUUACGCCUUUAUCUUUAACUGUUAUUACAUUAAAUGACCAGUGUGUGUGUAACUGUAAUCACAUCAAAGCAUCAAAGCGUUGGGGUCGACCAAUCAGAGCAGAGCAAUCAACAGAAUUAACAGCUGUGGAAUCUUCUGGCAGAGUGACAGCAG